ACAUCAGUCUUGUAUCGCUUGGCGGGAAAAACAUACCCGCUCCUUGUCUAUGCCUGGAAUUAUAAAGAGUGCAUUGUAAAUUGAAGUAACUCGUUCAGUUGUCGAUUUACUUUAUAUAUAGUGUAUAAUCUGUGAUUUUAAGACGUCAACAUGCAUCGAUGGUUGCUCCCGUUACUCGUAUGCUCAACCGUGGCUCCAGCGCCACAGGACAACAGUGACAUCACAUACGUCAAAAUCCAGCCUUUACCUGGCGACCCUCUUCCGAACCACUCCUCAAGGGAGUCCCGGAUUCAAAUCCUGCCAUUGUCCAUAGGCGGGACCACUCCGGACAACGCUAACAACCAGUCGACCAAAUCAAGCGAGAUCACCACCAAAGCGGACGUUAGAAUUAUUAAUGAUGUAUUUAAAAAAACAAUUACUACAUCUAAUAACACUGACAAUAAUGACAGUUAUCCUGGUACUAACAGUACAGGUGUCAAAUCUGUCAAACCACUUUCAGAUCAGACGAUCGAUGCGGCUAUUAUAAAUAAACUGAACAGGAUAUCCCCUGACGGUCUCGCUCAGAUCACGAUUUCUACAGAAAGUCUAUCCGAGAGUAAUCACGACAAGAGAUUUGCCAGAAACGAGGACUUCACAACGGCUAAUUAUGAUGCAGAGACCACAGAAGCGUCUGAAUCACCAACUGUUGCAAACGAAGCGAGAACUAAACCACCAAGAUACAUUUCCAAGUUAAGUUAUUUUCACAAAACAACAAGUUCAGGUGGCUCGAUCAAUUUGCUGGAGACCGGUGGAAAGAAGAGGUUCCGAUCCAAGUGUCGAUGCGAGAAGAUAUGGAAUUGUCCGAAGUUGCAGAUCACAGUGCCGCGAUGUCCCAAUGAAUAUUUCUUAUGCUGCUUUUAAAGUAUUUAUGAUAAAUAAAAAAUAUUAAAAUAAUUUAGCUAUCUCUUAUGGCCUGCGCGGACGAAACACGUUCUAUUUUAACUGUAAAAAUAACUGGUUUCUUACAAUUAUUUCAAUCGAGAAUGCUCGACUAGUUUCGGGACUAUCCGGAACUCUUAAUCAGGAGCUGUGGUGACGCGAGCGCAAAUUACUUCGGUUAUUUUUACAGUUAAAUUAUAAUGCGUACUUACUAAAUACAUUUUGUCCGUAAACAAAAUUGAUCUUGAGUCUUUCUAAACUUUAAAAUCUGAGGUGCAUAUUUAAGGGGGGGAGGGGCGAAGUGGGAUUGUUGUUCGGUGCACAUGCCAGGAUGGGAACGAAGCUUUGAACGACCCCCCUCUGGACAGUAAUCUGAAAUACACCAACGCUGACAAGAGACAAUCCUGAAUGUACUUUAAUGCGGUCAUAAUAAAACCCUUAAGUUUGCAUGCUGCAACACACAUCAUCAUUAUACAGCUUUUAACUUUCCACUGCUCCUCCAUAGACCGCCAUAAGGAGCGUGACCAUUCUUAAUGGCACUUUACCAUUGGGAGGAUAUUGCCAGCAGCAGUUGCCAUCUGCAAGCGGAUUGGCAAUCACAGUUUAUUUGGUUUAAAGCGGUCAAAAUAAGACCUCUAAGAUUGCAUGCUACAACGCAUAUCAUCAUCAGCAUCAUCAUGCCAGCCGUUAACUAUCCACUGCUGAACAUAGGUCUCCCCUAUUAAGGGGGGUAUAACGCACAAGUGUUGUAUAACUACAGGGCCGAAACAAUGAGUUUCUGAACAAACAGAGACUUUGUACAAAAGUCGAUUGCUUGCAUACCUCUGUCCCAUUCGUGUUUCAACCGUGAAGCAGUUGUGUUUGCAUGGCUGUUUCGGUUUGAAGGGUGGGAUAUGGCGUGAAUUUACUGGGUACAGAGGAAUAACACCUGAGUCCUCAGGAAUGGCAACGCAUGGGGGGUAUCAUGGGUGAAACAGUACACUCUGUUAUGUCCACGGUACUGUUCAUGUCUAUAGGCGACGGUUACCACUUUCCAUCAGGUGGGCCGUCAGCUUGUUUGCCAUUCUAAGUCAUAUAAAAAAAAAUAAACAAUUCCUCGUUUGCGCAGGUCUUUUGAGAUAUUAUGUAGGUAUAUGUGACCUUACAGAUAUUUCCUCGCAAGUUUUCGUUUUAGUCCCACCGAACGAAAUUCAUAUUUAUUAGCCAACAGUUGUAAAUCAAGCUUCGUCGUAAAUAAACUGAAUUAUUUACUAAAUACA